GGCUUUAAAUUGGUGAUUUAAUGGGCUCAAAUGAUUUGUUAAACUCAUUACCAGAAAAACUAAAAACGAGGAUAAAUCAGAAGAUCAAAAACACAUAGAAAUAUGGUUAAAUAGUAAACUGUUAAACCAGAAAUUAAGUUUACCAUAUGUUUGAAAGGGUUUUUUUGCCACUCACAGAGUUGACGAUUAAUUAUGACUCGGUCUGGUAAAAUAAUUAACUUGUCAGGCCACUCAUUCAAAUUGGAAUGUGAAUUGAAAAUUGUUUAUUAUUCAAUUUGUCUCAUUCAAUGUGAAUUAUAUCAUGAUUAUCUUAAUACUGUUCAAAAUUUUACUUGCAUCAACCUUAGUAAAGGCAACAUUAGUUAAAGAUGAAAAUCUUUUAAAGCAAUUUGAAAAGAUAUUCAAUACAAGAGAUAAUUUUUCAAUCUCAUUGAAAAAUGUUAGAUCUCCUGCAGCAUGGAAGUUGAAAUCGGUUGAAAAUCAAAAUCUGUUUCAACUACAAAACGGUGAACAAGUAAUUGAUUUUAGUUUGGAUCGUGCCAAUUCAAGCUUCAAGAUAACGAUUAAGAGUCCCGGUUAUCCAACAAUUAGUCAACAUGCUUGGAAAUUGUCGGUUCCAAUUGUUAAUCGAACAUCAAACCAUAGAUUGGUUUUGAUUUACUUUGAUCAACUGGAAACUAAAGGUUACAAGGAUCAGGAUAAACUAAAGGCUUGGGUCUUUGUUGACUGUCAAUCUUUUGGAUUUAUUGAACUGAAUAUCAAUCCAUUUGAUAAUAUUGUUCCAGGGGAAAAUCAAAUCACUUUGGAGAAGGAGAUAAAGGUUAGAGUUGUAGUUGACAAAGGAAUUGAUCUAUUUACUGUCUUGGAUCGUGAAUCUUGUCCAACUGCUUCUGCAUCACCUUACUAUGUUGUUGCUCGGAGCCUUCCUUCAACCAAAUUACCUUGUUUCGGGUCAGAUGAUUUGACAAUUGAAUCAGGUUCAUCAACAUGUAGAUUAGCUUCAUCUUCAGCUACAACAUCAACAACAGCAACGACAUCCUUCAAUCGAGGCCUUGCCAUUUUAACCAAAACUCUGAUUCAAUUGGAUAAAACUGUAAAAGAUGCAAUUGUAUCCAUUGAUCAACAGACUCAAGAAACUAAAGCUUUAAGGCAACGUCUAGAGCAAUGUGCCCUUUGUCGUUCAGAUGACAAGAAAAGGUCUUGUAAGGAUAAUCCUUGUUUCCCAGGAGUUAACUGUAAUGAUUUGCCAAGCUCACCUCGAGGUUACCAAUGUGGUCCUUGUCCUGCUGGUUUUACUGGCAAUGGUGUUGAAUGUGAGGAUAUUGAUGAGUGUGCUUUGGCCAGUCCUUGUGCAGUUGGUGUUGAUUGUACUAAUCAGUUGCCAGGCUAUUUUUGUGGGCCUUGUCCAAAUGGUCGUCCAGGCUAUCCAACUAGAGGGGUUGGAAUUGAUUUUGCUCGCAAAAAUAAACAGAUCUGUUCAAUAGUAAAUCCUUGUGAAAAUGGUUCAAAUGGAGGCUGUAAGCCUAAUUCCCGUUGUAUUUAUUUGACCGCAAAUCGCGUUAUUUGUGGCGAGUGUUUACCAGGCUUUAAGGGUAAUCAGUCUGUAGGCUGCUUUCCAGAGUCCAUAAAAACUUGUCCUGAUGGAGUUACAUCGUGCCAUUCAAAUGCCUUUUGUUACAAAGUCAGAUCAGAGGCCAAAUAUUCUUGCAGGUGUGAACCAGGAUGGGCUGGAGAUGGUCAUAACUGCGGUAUCGAUACUGACAUGGAUGGCUGGCCCGAUAUUAAGCUUCCUUGUGAAUCAACAAGGUGUAAACAGGAUAACUGUCCUUUGAUACCUAAUAAUGGACAAGAAGAUGCCGAUUCAGAUGGUAAAGGUGAUAUAUGUGAUGGAGAUGCUGAUAAUGACGGAGUAAUUAACAAACUUGAUAAUUGUCCACUUAAAGGUAAUCCAGAUCAAAAAGAUUUGGAUAAUGAUAGUUUCGGCGACGUUUGUGACAAUUGUCCAGCAGCAUCAAAUCCUAAUCAACUUGAUUCAGAUUUAGAUGGAUUGGGUGACGUUUGUGACGAUGAUAUUGACAAUGAUGGUAUAACUGGAUUAGCUGAUAACUGUCCAACAGUCCAUAACCCAGAUCAAUCAGAUAGAGACGGUGAUGGUCAUGGUGAUGCAUGCGAUAACUGCCCUAAUCUACACAAUCCUGAUCAAUCAGAUGAUGAUAGAGAUCUGGUUGGUAAUGCAUGUGAAUCAACAUCAGACAUUGACUCCGAUGGGAUUCAAGAUAAUCGAGACAAUUGUAGAACCAUCUCAAAUGCUGACCAAUUAGACACUGAUAGGGAUGGUUUAGGGGACAUAUGUGACAAUGAUAUUGAUGGUGAUGGAUUGCCUAAUUCAUUAGACAAUUGUCCAUUAGUGUACAAUCCUGAUCAACGUGAUUCAAUACCAGGAUCAGGUGUUGGGGAUGCUUGUCGUAAUGACACUGACGGCGAUGGUAUACCUGAUUCAGAUGAUGUUUGUCCAGACAACAAAUUUAUCUAUGUCACAGAUUUUCGAUCUUUUGCAACAAUUCCAUUAGAUCCAGAAGGUGAUUCACAGAUUGAUCCUCAUUGGGUUGUUUAUUCUCAAGGAGCUGAAAUUGUUCAAACUCUCAACUCUGAUCCAGGCUUGGCUGUGGGCUACCAUGCAUUUGCUGGAGUAGACUUUGAAGGAACCAUGUUUGUUGAGGCCAACAUUGACGACGAUUACAUUGGCUUUAUUUUUAGCUACCAAGAUAAUCGUAAUUUUUAUACCGUCAUGUGGAAAAAAUCAGCUCAAACUUAUUGGAGACCAACGCCUUUCCGAGCUGUUGCCUCACCGGGAAUCCAAUUGAAACUAGUUCAUUCCUCGACUGGUCCUGGUAAAAUACUCCGAAACUCAUUGUGGCACACUGGCAAUACCACCAAUCAGGUAACUUUAUUGUGGAAAGAUCCACGCAAUGUUGGUUGGAAAGAGCAAACUGCUUAUCGAUGGUCUCUCAUUCAUCGACCUAAAAUUGGCCUCAUCAGAUUGAGGAUUUAUGAAGGAGACUUACUAGUCGCAGAUUCAGGAAAUUUAUUUGAUGACAGUUUGAAAGGAGGUCGAUUAGGUGUUUUUUGUUUCUCCCAAGAAAAAAUAAUUUGGUCAGAUUUGGUUUAUCGGUGCAAUGAUCAAGUCCCCUUAAUGAUUUACAAUCAACUGCCUAAAAGGACAAAAGACAUGGUCUCUGUCGAUCUCACCAAACCAACUGAUAUGAAGAUGAUCGGUGGUAGAGUUUGGUCAACCGAUAAUAUUAAUAACAAUAAUGACGACGACGACGACGAUGAUGAUGAUGAUGAGGAAUCAAAUUUAAUCCCAAUGUAAUUCAUGACUAUAAACUCUUAUUAAUAGUGAAAUUAAAUUCAACCCAUGCAAAAGUUAUUAUUAGAUGGUAUCAUUAACAAUUUACAUUGUAUCUUUUAUUGACCCUUUAACUGUGUUAUUAAAAAUAUUAUUA